UUGGUCAUUAUCCAGCAGCCGCAACAACCGGGAACAAGAUUGGCGGUAUGUGGUGGUGGUGGCGACCACCGUGGUUUAUUAGUUACCUUGGAUUUGCUUUGAUUUUCCAUUCAACACCUGGGGUUGCUAGUUAUCACAUUGCCGUUACCACCAGCAGUAGCUCAUCCCAUAAAACAGACAUCGCCACCGCGGGAUGCCGUUUGUCGGAAUUUAGAUGUGAUAACAGUCACUGCAUUGCCGAGGACAAGUUUUGCGACGGCGAGGACGACUGCUCUGACAAAUCCGACGAACCCAAAUACUGUACCCCUUGCAAUAGAACUCUUUACGGCGAUGUGGGACGAACUUACGAAGUGGAAGUUCGACGUCCUCGAGAGGAUCGAUUACCUUUCAUUUGUCACAUCAAUUUUACGGCUGCCGGUGGCGAUUUUGGUGACCUAGUUCAGCUUACAUUUGAUACAUUUACCGUCGGACGUUUCCUAUCAUUUACGAAUCAAGGAUGCCCCGAUGGUUUCAUGAUGAUUCGCGAAGAAGGAAGACCAGCAACAGGCGGACAAUGGUGUGGGAGUGCAUGGGGUUACACCGUUUAUUAUAGCGAAACAGCUUCCAUCAAUCUAACGCUUUAUCUCGCCCGAUUAUCUGAACAGGGAAUUGGAUACAAUUUUGACUUCAAAUUGUCGUAUAAAUUUCUUAAAAGAAGCGAAGCGCAUCUGCGAUAUGGAAAUAACACAAUGUCUACGUGGCGGGGUGAUUUGGUAAAUGGAACUUACUGCGACAGAGUUUUAACACGUUGCGAUACCCGUGCAUGUCGACUACAGUCGCCAAAUUAUCCAGGUGUUUAUCCGCGCAACGUCACUUGCUACUAUAGAAUCGAACAUAAACGUGCGCCGCCUGGACACAGGGCUCUGCUCGCUGUUAAUCAACGAAACAGCCAUAAAAUCCACAUAAAAGACCAGGUCGUCAAGUACGACAGGAGCCAGCGUAUACUGAGGGUUUGGGAUCAGUGUAAUGUUGUUCAGGAUUAUCUUACUGUUUAUGACGGCGGCUCAACGACAGACCGAGUACUAGUUCGUCUUUGUGGCGGUGACACAGUACCAGAUAUUGUCAGCAGUCGCAAUACAAUGCUUCUUGAAUUUCAUACAUCACCCUAUGACAAUCCCUUUCAUCCAGUUCCCUUAUCCUUUCUACCGGGUUUUGAACUCGAGGUUCACGUUCUAUUUGUCGACGAUAAAUCUCGCAGCUUUGUUAAAGAAAACUCGAAUUGUGAUUUUUAUAUAACGAGUUAUGAGAAUCCAUUGGGAACACUUGAGAAUCCAAAACAUUCUCUGCCGCCCAAUACAACCUGUCGCUAUCAUUUUCACGGUAAGCCCAAUGAAAUAGUAUGGAUAUCUUUUAUAAAGUACUAUUCAGCGAGCACCGAUCCCCCGCCCGCUGCGAGCAUCGAUACACUCAAUAAUGACGACGACACCAAUAAUAAUAACAAUGACGAGUGUCACGCCAAGCUCAUUAUAUGGGAUGGAGACCAGACCCAGCAGGAUAAGCAGCAGUCUUAUAAAAAGAAAAUACGGUUGAUGGGACAAUUUUGCAAGGAUGAGAUACCAGUAUUAUGUGACCACAGUCUUUUAAGAAAUAGUAGUCGUCAUACACGUCCUUGUAGUCUUGCCGAGAGUUAUGUUUCAACCGGGAGAGAUUUAACUCUAGAGCAUAUUCUACGUCAGGGUAGUGCUCUUUAUCCAAUAAGCUUCGUCUUACGCUAUGAAUUCGUCCACAAUUCAAUGUCUUGCCAUUUGGUUUUUACUUCCUCCUCUACAUCUACAUCUUCGUCGUCUUCUUCCGCCGGUGGAUCCACCCGACAUGAUGAAUCGGUGGUUAAGAAAUCAACCGGAAUAUCGGGUAAAUUUUCAUCUCCAAAGAACGUAUUUUUUUACGGUCGCGGAGGAGCACAAAAUCUUAGCUGUGUCUAUCGAUUCGAGGCGGAGCUAGAUCAGAAAGUCGAGAUAUCUAUUUCAAGAGCUUCCUUUGGCGAUAAAGUAUGCAUGUCGUACGUGGAUCCUCUGGUGAAUAGAUGGACAUGCGAUCGGCGUACAUCAGACGUUAAAUUAAAUGGAUACGCUGAGCUUGUUGUCUCGGAAUAUCCUUGGCCUGGUGUACAGCUUGUUCGUGAUUGUUUCUGUUCAAAUAUUACCGGCAACACUGACAAUGACAGUGCCAACAAUAACAACAGAGUCUCACUUACCUCGCUGACGUCAAAUAUUGUCGAGCUCAGGUUUACAAUAACACGUAUGAAUGUUACUCAAGAUUACAAUGAUUUUUUUUUCGAAGGAGAAUAUCGUUUUGUUUCAAACAAUCUCCCAGUUGAGGACAAUGAUGAUAGUGAUGAUAGCAACAGAAAUCACGACAACGACCACGACGACGACAUCAACAACGGCAACAACAACAACAAUGACAAUGUGGAACAGAAGCUACAGAAAAGACAGCAACAGCAAUCACGUCGUCGAUGCCCAUCGCGAUUAGAGGACCGAAGACUUCGUGGUACUAGUGGAGAAAUAUCAUUGAAAAGUCCUCUAUUGUCUGUCAGAAAUUACGACGGAAGCGAUUCUGGCGAGGGUACUGCUGAUGUUGCGGCAGUUGAAGAAAUUCUUAAAAACACCGAAGAUCUUACGGCGACGGCUACUGCAACUCAGCAGUGUAUUAAUGAGCCUUGGUUAAUUGAACCAGAAGAUCCGCGGAUUAACUAUAUAUAUUUACGUACGACGGGUUUUGCAAUAAAUGCUGAUAAUAUUGCUGAUUGUAAUACGCUCAAUAGAAUAAUUGUUUACUCUGCAAUAAAUUCCAAAGAGAGAAGUGUUAUUUGUCCAGAAACAACCAGGAGUAAUCGCGAUGGCAAUAAUAAUAAUAGUGAUAAUGAUAAAGUUAAUUCCAAAACUGUUGAGUUUUUUAGCGGUGGAUGGAAUCAUACGUCCGUGACAAUUACCGCUGAUGGAAUGUCCACAUUUGUUCCUACCUCGGCGCUAGCCCAGCAACAUGCGAGAAGUUUUGUCGUGGAAUUUAUCCAGAAAGAACCGGGCACUUAUUCCGUAAUGUGGAUUGCCAUUUCAAAGAGUGCUCGGGCUGCCACGGACACUCAUUAUUUCAGUCCCGAUGGUGAUAACAAUGCCGUCAAUAUUUACUCAGUGGUCCCUCCGGUUGAAGACUGUCCUUACAGAUGCCCAGAGAUAAAAGCCUGCAUAAGUUCCGUCUUAUGGUGCGACGGAAUAAAACACUGCCCGUCAGGUUUCGACGAGGAAGAGAUAAAUUGUUCAUACCGAUUGGGGGUCACUCUUCUCUACGUCGCCGUGGGGGCAGGAAUACUGGGAGUAUUUCUUGUUAUUCUUCUGGCAACCGGUUGCCUCAAAUACUGCGUAUACCGGCACAAAAUGAGGACAAAGAAGAAGAAGAAAAAGAAGAAAAACAGUUUGAAUUCAGUAAAUGUCAACAACAUCCAUGUUAAUCACAUGCAUCACCAUCAUAAUAACGGAUUAACGAGUAGCAGUCAAUUGCAAAGCAGCGGCGGCGGUACCGGUGGCCAAUACAAUAUCACUAGUCAUCCACAGGAUUUAUACAGCAAUGAUAAUUACGGUAAAGAUAGCAUCUGUUGACAAUACGCCAUAGCUAAUGUCGAAACAACCGUAUAAAUUAUUAUUAUUAUUAGCUAUCAUGAAUAACUCAUCAUAUUAUUCCAGGAUAAUUCUAAACACAAAGCAAUGAUCA